AUGACAAGUGCAAAGACUAAUGUUGGAUUAAGAACGACGAGAAUGUUCAUUGAAAGCGAAACGAACAAUGAUGAAAAAGAAGAAAACAAUAAAAUAGAUAUGACAGAUGUUGGAAAUAAAGAACAAAACUAUACUUUAUUAUCUCUCACAGAUGAAAGUUCAUUUAUUUCAACUGUUAUAGAUAUUAGAUCAGCCCAAAAAUUUCAGAGUGCAAAUAAUGUAGCACCAUCAUUUUCAAAUUAA